AGGCUUGAAAUGUGCCAUGGUUGACCAAACGCCGGUCAAACGUCUGAUCCAUCCGAACCGGACACCAUAAUUGCUUAGCCAACUGGCAUCAAUAAAAAUAGCGGUUCACUUUUUCAAAUAAAAAAAAUAAAAGAAAACAAACGCGAUUCUACGAACUUCAUUGACACAUCGUAACCCGCUCCCGCGCAGUAUAAAGUACCGAAACCCAUCGAUCCAAGCGACCACCCUCAGCCCGUUGAUCCAAGUAUUACUGGACCCAGUUGGAUAACAUGCCACGUUACGUAUUUAAUGAAUUCCCGAUUGCGCGCUAUCCGCCGUGCAUACGCUCCCAUAUUUGCCCUAUUUCACUUGGACCUGGCGCAUGCACUAAUUUCUCCCGUCGCUGAUCUCAUCUUCUUCGUCAUAAAUUCGAAACCCCCUCUCCUCGAUAAAUUCCGCAAGCCUCUCCAUCUCUCUCUGUUGCUCUUGCAUCAGCCGCUGCGAACUCGACUCCAAGCGGGCUCCCCAAUUCGACGACCGAGGUUUGUGGAAAACCAAGGGUUUGAUGCGGUUCCGCUCGUGGCUUUGCGUUCGCUGGACGAGGAGAACGAAGGUAGAUGGAGGAGGAAGAGAUCAGCAGCAGCAGCAGCAGCAGCAGCAGCCGCCUUCUUCUUCUUCUUCUUCUUCUUAUUCUUGGAAUCUAUUGAUGGAUCUCAAAACAUUGGAGGCUGCCACGGAUAACUUCUCCGAUAACAAUCUCCUCGGCCGUGGCGGUUUCGGCCCCGUUUAUAAGGGAGUGAUGGGGAACGGGCAGGAGAUUGCGGUGAAGAAGCUGUCUCUGGAAUCGCGGCAGGGGAUGAGGGAGUUCACCAACGAGGUGCGGCUACUGCUCAAGGUCCAGCACCGCAACCUCGUCUCUCUGCUUGGCUGCUGCGCUUCUGCCGGCCAGAAGAUGCUCGUCUACCCCUACUUCCCCAAUGGAAGCCUCGAUCACUUGCUCUUCGACAAGAGCAAGCGUGCAUUACUAGAUUGGUCUAAACGAUUUGAGAUUAUUGUGGGAGUGGCAAAGGGUCUUCUUUACCUUCAUGAAGAAUCCCCAGUGAAGAUCAUCCACAGAGACAUUAAAGCUAGUAACAUUUUGCUUGAUGACCAGUUGAAUCCAAAGAUCUCUGAUUUCGGCAUGGCGAGGCUCUUCCAGGAGGAUGCUACCCAUGUUAAUACAUUUAAGAUAUCUGGUACCUAUGGUUAUAUGGCUCCCGAGUAUGCUCUAAACGGAUAUCUAUCAGCAAAGGCAGAUGUCUUCAGCUUUGGUGUGUUGGUGUUAGAGAUUGUGAGUGGGAGGAAAAAUCUCGAUAAACAUUUGGAAGAAGAAAAGGUCGACUUAUUGAGCUAUACAUGGAAGCUGUCAGAAGAAGGCAAAGCAUUGGAGGUUAUGGACCAUUCUCUUUCAACUUGGAACAGUGAUGAAGCAGCAUUGUGCAUCCAGAUAGGGUUGUUAUGCUGUCAAGCUAUUAUCUCAGACCGGCCUGACAUGUAUACCAUCCAACUCAUGCUAUCAAGUGAUUCAUUCACAUUGCCAAAACCUGGUAGGCCAGGAAUACGAGGCCGCACAGGGCGUUGGACCAGUACUUCCUCUUCCACACUUACUAACACAAAUACAAAUAGUACUUUAACCGGUACCGACAGUACGAAAGCCUCUACUUUAUGCAGUAUACCAGAAGAUUACUCUAGGAAUUCUAUUUCUGUUUCUUUUACUUCAGAAGGUCGGUGAUAUAAACCUUCCAUGCACUAUAUUUCGAGCACCAUGUAGCAUACCUUUCUGGGGCUCUGCCGAGGAGAUUUUUGAUGAGCUAUAGCUGUAGAAAGUAUAUUACCAAAUUUCGGUGCAGUUUUAAGUGAACAUUUCCUUGCAAGGUGGGUAAUGAUAUAGAAGGGUAACUAAUGCCACUUUCAUGUGCUGUCUUAAAUGGAUUCUUCUCUGAAAAAGCAAACGAAACGAGCAUUUGUGACAUGGCAGUCAGGCACUUUGCCAGUUGACACCCCUCUACACAAUGGAAAGGUCAGUUUGAUGUGGAAUCAUGACUAAGCUUUUGACACUGUCCACAUGAUCUGGUGGGUAGUGGCUGGACAGGUGCCUGCAAUUUAACUGAAGCUACAGAAGUCCAGGCAAUUUUCUCAGUUUGAAAUUGGGAGAUAGAGUGCGAGUUGAAGUUCGUCGCCCUCUGAAAAUGGCUGCCAAGGAGUUGAGGAUCUUGCUUCAUAUCAUUCCUCCAGCUGACAGAAUUCAACUCAGAACAUGAGGGUCUGGGAUUUCUUAGUAAUGCCGAACAGAACUGAGAACUUCACCAUUGUGAUUUUCUUUCUUAGAUUGUGUAAAAUUUCUUCAGCGAAGGGAUGAAGUAUUGUAUUUUCUCUUUCCAAGUUAAAUAUUAAUUAGAGGAGACAACAUCAUUUGUAUCAUCUCCAUUUGUUUGAGUCUAUUCUGCUGUCAAAACACGAACAAAGAUCACCAGGAUGUAUACUGGUGUGGAUCCUUACAAGCCAGUGAUUGCAAUCUC